UGUGCAAUCGCUUCCUGGUAACGUUCUGCGUUUGUCCAGAGGCUUUUUUGUCGCUCCAUUACACACCUCAAGUGUCAAGAUGGUUACUCAGAAGUCUUUCGCCAAAGGAAGCGCUGAACCUGGUCCAGUGCCAAAAGACAAAAUCAGAAUUUACAGCAUGAGAUUCUGCCCUUUUGCCCAGAGGGCUAGACUAGUGCUGGAAGCCAAAGGAAUCAACCAUGAGACCGUCAACAUCCACCUGAAAGAGAAACCUGAGUGGUUCCUUGCAAAGAAUCCCCUCGGUCUCGUCCCAGUGCUGGAGUCGGCUGCUGGAGAGAUCAUUUGUGAGUCUCCCAUCACCUGUGAAUACCUGGACGAAGCUUACCCCGAGAAGAAGCUGCUUCCUUCCUCUCCUUAUCGUAAAGCUCAACAGAAGAUGAUGCUGGAGCACUUUUCCAAGGUGGUUCCAUACUUCUACAAGAUCCCAAUGGGGAGAAGGAAGGGCGAGGACGUCUCAGGCCUGGAAACUGAAAUGAAAGAGAAGUUUCGCCAACUAAAUGAGGAGCUUGUUAAAAAGAAGGCACAGUUCUUUGGCGGUGAUUCCGUCACAAUGAUCGACUACUUGAUGUGGCCGUGGUUUGAGAGGAUUGAGGUUUUUGGGCUGAAACACUGCAUGGAAGACGCACCUCAGAUGAAGCAGUGGAUGGAGCGCAUGUGGGAGGACCCAGCUGUCAAAGCCACCAUGCAAACUGCAGAAGCCCACAAGGUCUUCAUUGAUUCCUACGUCGAAGGGACACCCAACUAUGACUAUGGCCUGUAGAAAGUUCUGACCAAACCCUCAACUAAUCAUUCAGAUUAAAAGAGCAAACACAUAUCUGUACUGGACGUGUAAGAGGUAUUUUGAUAUCAUGGGAAAUGUAAAAUCUCCAUAAUGACAAUGAGGUACAAUAAUCCUUUGACUCAGGGUGUUUUCAGUAAUCCAAAGUAUUGUACUUAAAAUAAACUCCGUCCAUGCAAUGA